AUGUCGCAACAACCAAUGCCCCCCCAGGGCCAGCCAAUGCAAGGCCCCAUGAUCAUGGGACCGGACGGCAGACCUAUGCAGCCUUCUCCCGAACAGCUUGCCAUGAUGCGCAGGCAAAUCGAGGCUGACGCUGCAAAGGCAGGCAUGUCUGUUCCGGACUUCCUGGCCAAGCUGCGCCAAGAGGCCAUGCAGAGGCAAAUGAUGGCGCAAAGAGCUGCUCAGCAGCAGGCCCAGCAACAGGCUGGCGAGGGUGGUGAGGGGCAUGACCAUGACCAUGACCAUGAGCACCAUAACCACCAGCACCAACAUGGCCCUCCUCAGCAGCAACAGGGUGUUGCUCGCCCAAUCCAACCCGGUCCUCCUACACCUCACGCUCUCGCUCUGGGCAACUUCCUCCGUGGCCAGGACUUGAAGCCCCGAACAUGUAUUCUCAACGGCGAGCGCAAGGAGAUGUUCAGAGUCAAGCGCGCCCUCCGAGCCCUCCAGUCCCCCGGAUACGAGAAGCUUCGCAAGAAGCACCCCGAGCUCCCCGAGAUUACCGACCGCGCUUCCCUCGAGAACACCUUCAAGCUGCUGCCCAUGUCCAUGCUUGCCCUGCGAGUUGUCAAGUCUGACCCUCAUGAGGGCCACGACCACGGCCCGAAGAAGACGAAGCGUGUCAAGGGUCUUUGGACCGUCCGCAUCGAGCCUCAACAAGAGGCCGGUGACGACAUGUACUACGUCUGGUUCUACGAGGGCAGCCAAGUCAAGCGCAAGCUAUACUCGAUCCUCGCCCUUAUCCUGAUCUUCAUCGUCGUCUGCUACCCUCUCUGGCCUCUCAAGCUGCGUCUUGGUGUUUACUACCUAUCCUGGGGCUUCCUGUUCUUGUUAGGUCUCUUCUUCGCCAUGGCUAUCUUCCGCGUUAUCCUCUUCUGUAUCACCUACUUCGUCACAUCUCCGGGUCUCUGGCUCUUCCCCAACCUCUGGGAGGACGUAUCGUUCGUCGACAGCUUCAAGCCCGUCUGGGCGUGGCAUGACCCUAACCCCAAGAAGGGCAAGAAGAAGAAGUCCUCUUCGUCUGGCGCAGGUGUCGCGAACGCUGGCGGUGCUUUCGCUGCUUCCACCGGCCAACCCGCCCCCGCUUCCGCAACGACGACCGCGACCCAGACUCAGAUCGCAUCUGAGCCUACGCAGCGCGCUGGUUACGUUGCGCCAGCGGUCGAGGAGUUGGCUGAUGACGAGUAG